UUUAGCGUUGCGUUUACAGUGGUUCCUAUUAAUUCCAGGUUAUGUUUUAUCAAACUUUUGAAUUAUUGAGGGAAACAUGUCUUUUACGGGCAUUAAUUACUUGAAAUGAUUUAGAUUUACAUAUAGUAAUAUACAAACGGUAUUCUUAUAAUAGUUUAUUUAAUAUAAGAAGAUGAAAUUAGUUAAACCUAAUUGGGUCACGCACGAUGGAUAUUCAAUAUUUUCCGUUGACAUACACCCUGAUGGUAAAAGAUUUGCUACCGGAGGCCAAGGCGGUGAUUCUGGAAGGGUUGUCAUAUGGAAUAUGGAACCUGUAGUGAAUGAAUCAGCUGAAUUGGAUCCAAAUGUAUCAAAAAUAUUAUGUCAGCUAGAUAAUCAUCUUGCAUGUGUAAAUUGUGUAAGAUGGAGUAAUAAUGGUUUACUAGCUUCCGGUGGUGUAGACAAACUUAUUAUGAUAUGGAGACUAUCCGGUGGUUCUGGUGGAAGUUCUGUAUUUGGAGGAAAAGCUAGUGUAGAAACUUGGCGAUGUAUAGCUACAUUACGGUCCCACGAAGCCGAUGUUUUGGAUCUUGCAUGGGCUCCACAUAGUCCGUGGCUGGCUUCAGCUUCUGUAGAUAAUAGUGUAAUUGUAUGGGAUGCAUCCAAAUUUCCUGCCAUUGUGGCUGUUUUGAAAGGUCAUACAGGUUUUGUGAAAGGCAUUACUUGGGAUCCUGUUGGAAAAUACUUAGCAUCACAAUCUGAUGACAAAACAUUGAGAGUAUGGCGUACUACAGACUGGACAGAAGAAGCUUUAAUCUCUGAGCCAUUUGAUGAAUGUGGUGGAACGACCCAUGUUUUAAGAUUAUCCUGGAGUCCAGAUGGGCAAUACUUGGUUUCAGCACAUGCGAUGAAUGGAGGUGGACCUACAGCACAAAUAAUUGAAAGAGAUGGAUGGACACAAGACAAAGAUUUUGUUGGUCAUAGGAAAGCGGUUACUUGUGUCAGAUUUAAUGGAAAUAUUUUACAAAAGAAACAGUCAGGCUCAUCUAAACCACAACAAUAUUGUUGUGUUGCUAUAGGUUCUCGUGAUCGUUCUUUAUCGGUGUGGUUAACGUCUCUUAAAAGGCCUUUAGUUGUGAUUCGUGAAUUAUUUACUCAUUCUGUUUUGGAUGCAAGUUGGUCUCCUUGUGGUCUUAGACUUGCAGCUUGUUCUUGGGAUGGAUCUGUUGUAUUUAUUGAAUUUACUCAACAAGAACUUGGACAACCUUUAGAUCCUGCUGAACAAAGUAGUCUACAUGAACGUUUAUAUGGAAAACCAUUAGUCCAAGGAGGUUGUAUGGUGAUGGAAGCUCCUGAAUUAUUGAAUUUGAAACCACCAGCACCUCCUAGUCAACAGCAAGUUUUAUCUACAACAAAUUCAGUUCCAGCACCUUUAAAUACUUCAACUACACCUGUUAAAGGUCCCAUUAACAAACAAAUUGAAACUAGAACAUCUGAUGGUAAAAGAAGAAUCACUCCAAUGUUUAUACCACCACCUCCUGAUAUAAUGGAUACAGCAAUAAAUGGUGGAACUACAGUACCAACGUUUACAAGUAAACCGCAAACAAAAAGUUCUAUUGUAAUAGAAAAACGUAACGAUGUUGUUACACCCAAUGUUACCUCUUCUGUGAAUUCUGCUAUCAUAAAUACUCCAGCUUCGUCACUUACCCUAAAACGACGGGAGCAAAGUAGUCCGAAAUUACAUCACUUAUCGCCAAAUAAAAAACUAAAAAUUAUAUCUGAAAAAGGUGCAGGACAAAUCGUUCUUCCUGCAUUGAAACCGUCCGCUUCAUUAUCUCAACAAGCUGGUCAUCAUGCAGUUACAAUCAGUAAUAAUCAGGGUUUAGCACAUUUACAAGUAUUUAGAGGUACAGAUUCAGAACCAACUUGGGACCUUUAUUUGGGUUACAAUGCCGUGGCACUUGCUGCCUCUUCAGCUGUUAUAGCUGUUGGUUUAGAAGAUGGUAGUCUACAUACUUUUCAUCCAAUCAAGGGAUCUAGAUUUGCACCUCCGUUAGCACCACCUGCACCAUUAGCAAAAAUUCAUGCUGUUGGUAAUGCGGUUAUGGUUAUAUCUACUUGCGGAGAUGUACGAGUAUGGGAAAUAGGAAAUACGUGUAGAAUGAUCGUAUCAACAUCAGCUGCUCAUUUAGCAGCACCAGGAACGUCGAUAUUGUCGUGUACGCUUUACAAUGGAAUGCCACAUUUAGCAUUUACGAAUGCAAGAGCAUAUAUUUAUCACAAAGAAAUGGGAACAUGGUUGUUAAUUGGAGAUAGCCACGAUCCUGUAUGGCGAUGGUCUUCAUUUAAUGCAUUAAGUUCAUCUGGUAGUAGAACACCUCGAGGACCUUUAUUUUCUCUACAAGAGGGUUUACUAAGAACUUCUGGAAAUGUUUUACCUAAUCCUCGAUUGGCACACACGGGUCCCAGUAUAGUGUCUUACAUGGAACAACAAUUAUUAGCAUCUAAAGCACUUGGUAGUGCACAAGAGUAUGUUCAUUGGAUAAUGGCACUUGUAUCAUUUCUAUUAACUCAAGAUGGGUUAGAGAAGCGUUUGAGAUUAAUUUUAGAUGAUCUCUUGGGUCCAAGUCAUACAUCAGCAUCUAAAAGUACAUCAUGGGAUCCUAUGAUUCUAGGUAUAAAAAAGCACAAACUUUUGGGAGAUGUAUUGAAUGUCGUUGGUGGUCAUCUUCGUUGGCAAAGGCUAUUUCUUGAGUAUACAGAACAGUUAACGGCAUUAAAAAAUCAGAAUACAUAAAAGCGGAGGUCCAUUUGGAUGAUAGACCAUUAAAGUGAAACUUCGAGCGAGAUUGUUAGAGAGCAUGCAAUUAUAAUCUUCUUCUGU